AUGUCUCCCGAAUCCACCUCUCCCCUGUUCCCUGACCGACCAAUUCGACCUCUGCCGAAGCGUCGACUCCGGGAAAGGCUACCCUCCGAUGUUGCAGACAACAUCACGUUUCCCCCAUCACCCCAGACUUCUGCACCCUUGUUUGACUACCCCUACAACACGAAGGACGACCCGUCCCUCUUAGGAGCGGGACCGUCGAAUGUAGCGAGUCGUGAGAAUAUGGCCGAUAUGGCCAGACUGGGCCACGAAGCCGGUUACCGAAGGAACGUUCUCAGCAUCGACCACCAUGAUAAUUCACUGAUAGGUCAGGCACGCAGAGCUCUGGGUUCUCGUGGGUUUCACGAACCAACAGGACAUGGGAUCCGCACACAACGUCAAGGACAGGCACGACAUACAAAUCCGCUACCACCCUCUUCAACAGCAUCUUCAGCAGAUGGGUACGACUCGUUCGAGAACACCAACAAUAAGAAGAAGAGGAAGAUCCCCACUGCUGGCGAGACGAUCCUGAACGGAAUGCAUGUGCUCAAUGAUCCUGCUGCUUUUGGAGUCCCAUCUCCACCCACGACCGGUGACGAGGGUCCGGGAGAUGCGUCCGGGCCGACAAGUACGCCUUACUACCAAACUGGGGGUUCUACCACCAACGGCCAAGGGAUUUCUGGCCCCGGCAGGGGCAGAUAUGGUAGAAUUCGCAACGGCAGAAGUCCUUUGAGAGCUUUGUCAGAUGCCAAUGGCAACUGGUCGGGACCAAAUCACAAGCUGCGGCCUGGUAGUCAGUAUCCAUCACCACCACCUGAAAACUCUGGAAUUAUAUCUACUGCUAUUGCCAGUGCCGAGAAGGUUCCAGUACCGCAAGGCCAAGAAAAUAUAAGCCUUUUACAGCGGCAGACAUCUGCAAAGCCUUUCACCUUCACUUUCGACCCGCAGAACCCAGUUUCAUGGCCUGGAUCUGAUCCAGCGCCAUCCAACCUACCGGGAGUCCAUCGUACGCAGCAAGGAGCUCUUCCUGGAGACUACAACCGAGGUGGAGGAAGGGCAGCUCGAAUUCCAUCCGGUCCGGCUGCGGCAAUGCCUGGAUCUGGUGCUGAGCAGACGGCGGCCGCUAUGCCGGCCGAGGGCGCUGGAAAGGGGGGGAAUGGUACAACUGCAACGCCCAAGAAGCCCAAGCGUCGCGGCAACUCUCUGGCCAUCGCAGCCAAGCAACGGCGUAAGGAAACUGAGUAUCAGAACCUCCAUCACCCCCCGGCACCUGAGGACAUGUGGAUCUGCGAAUUCUGCGAGUAUGAGCGGAUCUUUGGACGGCCCCCCGAGGCACUUAUUCGACAAUACGAGGUGAAAGAUCGACGCCGUCGCCGGGAAGAAGCAGAGCGGCGUAGACUGCUCGAGAAAGCCAAGAUGAAGUCGAGAAAGGGAAAGAAGGCAAACAAAGUGCCUGCCAAGAACAACUCGACCACGACGGAUCGCAAUGGGGUAUCUGCAAAUGAUCAACCGCCCCCUCUGCUACCUCCUCCUCCCAAUGGUCAAGAGGAGAUUCACGAUAUCCCUAGUGAAGAUUUCGGGCCAGACGAUCCUUUGUGUGAAGACACUAUUCCCGGCGGCGAGGCUUCAGCUAUGUUACCGGAUGACGGCUAUGCUCUGCCUCCCUCGAAGCCCUUGAACUCGGGAAGCGCAAACCCAAAUGCUACCACCGCUGCCGCCUCUGCCUUCAUGUCUGCCUCGAACCAGAAGCCGAACACGACGCUCUCGUCCGCUGCUGCCGCCGCCGCGCUGCGAGCGCGUCCUCAUACGCCCACCAAUGUCGCCGAAGUCCAGACAAAGCGCACAGCACGUCGCAGUGCCUCGGUCUCUUCCUCCCGCAGUUCUGUGGCCGCUGUUGGACGAUCAAAUGGCCGACUCGAGAGGCGAGGAAGCUCGGCGAGCAUGACGGAGCGCACCUUUCGAAGCCCGUCACCGCAUCGUGCUUCGGCAGCACAGACGACAGAGCAACAGCCUCCGGUCCCCCAGAUACCCGCGAGCCAUCGGAGAUCAGCAAGCUCGAACACACAUGGCGUUGGGAUGCAGAAUUUCCAAACAGCAUCUCAGAAAAUGAGCGCAGGACAUCCGUCGUGGUACACACAGCCGUCUGGGGAUACAAGCAAGGUGAGAACAUCCGACGCUCCCAUGCGAGCAAUCAAAUCUCCACCACCAAGGCCGAUGAGUGCUUCCAUGUCGUCUGAAAGAAGCGACAGUAGAAACUCCUUCAACUUUUCAUAUCCCUUCCAUGCACAGUCGCCUCCCGGGUCCCCAACGACUGCUACAGCACCACAAUGGGAUAAUCCACCACCCAGAUCACGAUCAUCGCCACCGAGAUCGAGUAGAGCAUCGAUAUCGUCGUUGACAGGUGGAAAGUCCAAGCAAGACAUGGUGUACGAUCCGAACUCGAGGCGGAUGGUUCCGAAGGCGAACGUGGAUGCAGCAGUAGAGCCUCGGGUCCGGGAGGCGGCCGAAAAACAACCCAGGAGAAAGAAUAAGGCGGAGAGCUUGCCGAGAGAGGGGAGCCGCUUGGCAAGGGGGACAGUCGCCAGAGUACAGGGAACCACUGUGGACGACGAUAAGAAGGAGCGCAAGGAGCAACGUCAGCAAACGCGGUCGCCUGAAGCACAGAGUUCACGGGCAUCCAGUGCCCAAAGCCUGUCACCAGCACCUGGGGCUGAGCAACGGACGAUAUCUCCAUCCCCUCGAGCCCUCGGCAAAAGGCCAUCCAUUGUUCCCGAGGAGCCUGAGGACCCCGACGAGAUUUAUGCAAACAUCGAUGCACCUGGUAAACCAUCGCAAAAUGUGCUGCAUGCUUUGGACGCUGUGCCCACACGACAGACCAGAUUCGAGGAUUCGAGGGAUUCCCAGCCGCAACACCAGCAUAGUAGUGCGGAUGCCUUGGAUCAGUACACAACAGGACCGACUCUCGAGCAAAUAGAACAUCUAGCGCCAGUGCAACAGGAGACGAAACCGGUUGUCAUCGAGAACAAGCCAAUCACGGAGCUUUCUAAGGGAAACGGCACCGUCAGGCGUUCAAGUUCCAACAGCCCAGCGCGACAGGCUCGUUUUGCAACUUAUCCUUCGGGUAGCCUGGUUGUACGUCAUGCGCCUUUACCACGAUCAGCAUCUCCAAUCAAAUCGGCCCUGAAGCGUAAUACCGGUAGUCCGACCCCUAGGGAGUUGUCACCUUCAGAGCGCAGCACGGAUCUCUCGAGUUCUCGCGGCGCAUCACCGAACCAGCGAGAAGAACCUGGAGUGCCGCGUAAGAAAUCGGCCCGUGUUAGUUUUGAUGACCAAAAUAUCGUGAUCGUCGGUGAAGCGGCAAACGGGGAUAUCCAUUCGCCGGUUCCACUCAGCCCGCAACAAGCCAAGCGCCCUUGGUAUAGCAGUAUAGGACGAGGCAAGAAAAAGGAUUAUGUACUGGAGGAUGACGAGAUCAUGAAGCCCCGACCCGAGCUACCAAGCUUUGGCAGUGUGAGAGAGAAGAAGGCCCGCGAGCCCGAGGAAAGACCUCUUGUGCGGCCUCACGACCCAACAUAUUCACCAGCAAUGCCCUCUUCGCCAGAAUUGCGACCGCAGAGCUCGAGUACCUUGGGCGAAACGGAAAUAACGGAUGGACCGGUUCGGGGACAAUCGAGUGACCUUGCGAUAGGCUCAUUGCUUGCUCAAGAACAAAACGCGCGCAACGAGGCCAACACUUCGCGACUUAGGGAGCCUUUGCCACCCGUCGUCACCUCCAUUGAAGGUAACGGCUACUAUUCAUCUGAUAGCAUGCGAAGCUCCGACAGUGAGGAAGACCGUCCUGAAUCUGCCAUGGGAACAAGUGAUGCAGAAGUGAUACCUAGCACACAGAAUACCGAAGUCACACAGCCGGAAAGCCAUGAGGCUUCUCAGAACGGCUUGACAACCCUAGACGAAAACCUGGCAAACGAAAACGAACAAGCAGCAAAAUCAGUCCAGCUCUCUCCACAGAUUAUUCCAGAAAUCUCCGUCAUCCAGCCAAGUCCAAUGGCUUCAGAACAUGUGCUUCCUCUUCGGAGCUCGUCGAGGUCUCAUUAUUUUGGGGUACCAGGUGGUUUUCCGGACGACGAAUUCGACGAGCAUUACGAUCCUCACCCUGAGCCUCAGGCAGACGGCGCCACACACGAGGACAGCUCAUCGGUACCUGCGCACACGAUCCUCGAACCCACCGCGGCAGUACACCCCGCUCAGACAGAAUCUUUACCUCAAACCACGCUUGCUACUACUGCACCAGUAUUAGCAGAUGAUGACAAGUCCACAGAUGGAUCAGAAGGCAGUAUCUACAGUGAUGCGUAUGAGGACAUCUCCGACGCAGAGGGCGACGGCUUCAUGUCCUUGAAUGCCGUCGUUGAAAGCCCUGUCAGCAGAGACGCGCCAUCCCAAAUACCCGAGCUGCCGGGGAGCACGCUCCAGCAAACAUAUAACCAAGACCCUGAAUCAUUAGCAUCGUCGCAGAUUCCGAUACCAUAUCAGCCUUCCACGCCUCCUCCACAAGACCCAAAUGACUGGGCACAAGCGAAGGUUUUUUGGCGCAGUCUGACGGCGGAAAAGAGGCGGGAGCUCGAGCGCGAGACCGUGGAAGAUGCUGGUACCGAAGGUGACCGGGAGGAAGUUGCGCAGCCUAUUCGAAGAAACGGCAGCAAAAAAAAGUCUACAGAACAGAAACAGUCUGCCAAACAGGUCACAUUGCAACCCCACCCAGGUCCCGAGCCUCCAGUUGCGGUGACGCCGUCAUCCUCUGACCGAAAGGUGAAUCCAGAUAGGGUCUACAUGAUUCAGCCUGGUUCUCAAGCCACUCACGAGCCCAUUAAGUAUAGUCCAGAACAGCCGCGCAUGCGAACAUCGUUGCGAGCGGAACAGCCUGCCAAGGGUGCCCAAGCACAGUCCCCUUCGGGUAUGCGCAGAACGAUGAGGUCGAACGGGCAGAUGGGGCAGGCAAAUCAACAACCCGCACGCCGCACCACGAUGCGGCCUGAGCAACCUGAACCAAAUCAACAGCCCGCACACCGCACCACGAUGCGGCCCGAUAAACCAGAACCAUCGGUAUCAAAACCAAGUCAAGCCCGAGUUGCAAAGCCUCGUCCGCAGAUGGCUCCAUCUGAAUCUACUGGAAGUCCACGACCCAAGCAGUCCAAGCCCGCUUUGCAACGACGCGGGUCCGAUGCCAGUGACAGCAGUUUCAGACGCAGUCGGGCUGUUUCUGGUGAAGGCUUCAACUUCCGCAGGACUAUGCGGCAGUCUUCUGCCCCCCAAUCGCCUGUUGAGCCCGGAAAGGGUUCUGGCCGACUCAGCUUGCGAUCGCUGUCUCCUGCCGGCUCCCAGUUUCGACGCAGCUCAAUCACCAGUGCUACCAGCGGCCCUCCUGUUAGCAUGAAGCGGCGUACUUUGCGAUCCAACAGCGAGUCUAGCCCAGAAGGAAAGCGCUCUUCUAUGCGCUUUCCCUCAUUUGGCCGAUCCAGCAAAGAGCAGUCAUCGAAUCGCUCUAAACGACCUAGUCGAUUAGGAGGCUCGAGCGACGAGGACGAAGGACCGGUUUCGGGGUUCCGCAGUCGUUUUGACGAUUCAAGCGACGAGGAGGAUGCCCGACCUGCUUCUUCGGGAAGGGCCGGUCCCCUGUCAAAGGGUACUCUUCGUGGAUCUAAUACAGCGCCCACCACCUUUAAUAGAUCGGCUCCUAUUCCGGAGAAGGACGAAGACUCGCCAGAACUGCCUGAUAGCGAUGACGAUGAAAUGCCUAGCCCUUUGCGAAGUCCGCAAAGUCGCGCAGCUGCCGCAACGGCUGUGCGCGCUGGUCUGGUACGGUCGAGUUCUUCAGCAAUUGGUACAUCCACCCUGUCACGUCCUGGGAUUGGCGGUGGCGGCCCGGUGCCCUCUGAUUCGACUCCUGCCAUGUAUGGCAGAGACAGACGCCACUCUUUCAUGGGUAUUCUACGGCGCAACAAGAAGUCAGAUCGGCAGUUGAACGAUAUCCGUCGGGAUCAACCCUCCAGCCCGAAGUUGCAGAAGAGAAGCGCGUUGAAGAGAGGUGACAGUUGGCCGCUUCCUGAGCUUGAAGAGGGUGAGGGUACACAACGGCCAAACACGGCGGGCAGGCUUCUCAGUCAGAGCAACAUGUCCGAAAACGUUCAGAGGCCUGGCCUGUCUGGAAGACGAAGUGUCAGUCUAGGCCUUCCCCCCGCCCAAGACCAGAAUGUGGGCAAUGUUACGGGAGAUGGUCUCGGGCAGAGGAAGAAGAAGAAGUUUGGCGCGUUGCGCCGGAUGUUCAAGCUGGAUGACUAG